CACUUGAAUUUUAGCGUUUCAAAGAAUCAUCUACAUCAAUCAUGUCUGGAAAAGGAAAAGGAAAGGGCGGCCGUGGUGAUAAGAAAUCCACCACUGCCUCCGCCAAGGCUGGGCUUCAAUUCCCCGUCGGUCGUAUCGGACGUUACCUCCGUCAGGGCAAGUACGCCACUCGUAUGGGAGCUGGCGCUCCUGUCUACCUCGCGGCUGUGCUCGAGUACCUUUGCGCCGAGAUUCUCGAACUUGCCGGCAACGCCGCCCGUGACAACAAGAAGAGCCGUAUCGUUCCCCGUCACAUCACUCUUGCCGUCAAGAAUGACGAGGAGUUGAACAAGCUUCUCGGAGGUGUCACCAUUGCUGCCGGUGGUGUCUUGCCCAACAUUCACGCUAUUCUUCUUCCCAAGAAGAGCGGACCUACCAAAUAAACAGAUUUAAGUCGCCUUACAGCGCAAGUCGACUGCAUUUGUUGGUCGACAUUCACAAACAAACCGGAUUUUAUCAAAUCCACCCAUACGUCAAAGAAGCUCGCUCCCAGUCAGUACACAUGCCAAACCGAUGGUUUGACAGUACAAUUGUUUCUGUUUUAUAUUUCGCUGUCACACAUGCGUGGGAAUCAUCUUUCGAAAAUAUGCUUAUGUUAGCAUACAGGAGUGAGACGUCAUCAUGUUACAGGUAAUUGUAAUUACUAACUCUAAUAGCAACCUCAAAUUGAGUC